AUGUCACGGGUUGACCUAUGGGCGACAGUGGAGAGUGCGUGCGUAUGUACAGCUGUCUGCAGACGUGUGAUUUCUGUGAUUGAAGGCCUGAUAAAGAAAAAUGAAGCCAAACUUUAUAAAGCCUUUUCACAAUACAGAAACAAUUUUUUAAACCACAUUACACUGCAGAGAAAAGGACUAUCAAAUGGUGUCAUAAUCGAAAAAGAGUCAAAAAAUGGGUUCAGCGGUCAGAAGAAAUUGCAUUUAAACCUGUUCUCGCUGACAGAUGGCAAGGGAGGUGUUGUAACUGUUGCUCGUAACGUUUGCGAGUGGGUGGAGUCUGGAAAACUGAAAGCUUCAGAAAUCUGCCAAGACCUGCUAACAGAACUGAUACAAACAGAAUUUGACGUUCCUGACCCGGAUCUAGCCGUCUACUGCGGGGAAGUGUGCUCCACAUUCGGCUUCCUGCCGUGGCAGAUCAGGGUUACUGAACUUGCGCAUUUUGAAACACAUCACAAUCUCUCUUUAGUUCAGUUUGCAUCAGUCCUGAGACAGUAUGGACAGUGUCAGCAGAGAUUUGGAAAGUGAUUGAUAAUAUUGUAG